GGCCUGCGACUGCGAGAGCACAUCGAGGUGACCGACACUCAUGUUCAAGUUUGACUGAGCGAAUCUGUUUGAGUGGAUUUUGUGUGUGCGGCAAAGCAAGCGGCGAAAAAAAGGAGUCACCGUGGGAUUCGCGACCGAAGCAAGGAGCACGAUCACUCGUCGUUUUACAAGUUCUUACAAAUGGAGCACAAUCACAAGAAUCUGGACUGCUACUUCUUCUACUACUCCACAUGCAAGAAGGGUGACUUGUGCCCAUACAGACAUGAACCGUCUGCUCUGGGUUGUGAAACCAUGUGUACAUAUUGGCAACAAGGAAAUUGCCUUAAUGAACACUGUAAUUUCCGGCACAUGGAAUUAAAGAAAAAUCGCAAAUCAAUCCCCUGUUAUUGGGAAACGCAACCCGGAGGUUGUAGAAAGCCGCAUUGUCCAUUCAUGCAUACAAAUUCACGUAAUAUUAUCAGUGAUCCCAUCAAUCCUGUAAAGGCCACAGAGAUAGCAACGAAAUCUCCGAAUCAGGAGUGGUUGAACCGUCAAGAUGACGCAAAGUAUGACGGCAGCAGUACUACCGAAUCGGACCAAGGUAGAGGAAACAGCGAGGCUGGUAGUUUUAUCGGCAGUCCCGCCGUCGAUCCUCUGAUCGUCAAAUUCGAAGAAGAAUCGGAUAACGAAAGCAUGCCAUCGCCAAUAAAAUUGCAGCCCAAGGUAUCAUAUUGCAAGACCUAUGAGCAGAUAAGGCUUGAAGAAAUUCAAGCGGAGAGCGCUGCUUAUUACUCGUACGAAACCAGCGAUUUCGGAGCUUGCCGCAAUGAAGCAGACGUGGGCAAGGCGAAAAGGAUUGACGCCAGUCGUGGUGGCGAGUGGAUCUGCGUGAAUCCGUCCACAGAUACGCGGGAGAACGCGGCGAAGGAACUGAACUUCAAGGUGCUGAGUCUAGAGGAGAUUCGGCAGCGGAAACGAGAGAAGGAAUUAGCUGCCGAAGUCGAACUGGUGGCCACUGUGUCGAAACCCUUGGUGUCGACCGUAACACCUACCGCAAAGGGCACGAAGAGGCGUUCGAGUGAGCUAUGCGACGAACAGAGCAUCGACACCAAGCAGAAAUGGAGACGCACGGCUUCCGAGAUUGCUAAAAGCGCAGAAUCCAUCGUGAAGGUGCCACCGGUGAAGCUGCGAAGAUCGUUGAAAAGUGUGAUCGCUGCAAAGAAACCCGAGACACAGUCGUGCGAGAGCACGCCGAUGGACGAAGAACGUGAAACGACGGGCAGCACUCAGGGCGACGAGAGGGCUUGCCGCGAGAGACUGGAGAAUCACGGCGAAGAAUCGACUAACGUGAACCGGCGAACGGAAGUGGAGGUGCGAAUGUGCGACAGCAGCACGACGGAACAGAAGACCCAAACGCAACCUCAAGGAGCGACGGAGGACAAGAAAUCCGUCGCCACGUACACGACGACGGAAGAUAUCCUGCGCUGGAGCGCACUAGACUUCAUGCAGUCGGUCAAUUCUGAGGAAGAGUACCUGAGAUUAGACGCAUCGUCCGACGAUAUCAUGAAGGAUAUCGAGGCUUUGCUCAAGUAGAAAAGCGCAAUCUAGGUUUUUAUUCUUAAGCGUAAUAAGUGAAAUACUCAACGCGCUUUUCUAUGCGAGCUCAAUAUUUUAUAUAAAGUCGUUUACUUAAAUAUUUAUAAGUAAUUGACUGACAUGGUUCGACAAAUGGUAUUGUUACGGUGUAGUUGCAACUGAAAAAUAAUCAUUUGAUUCAUCAAUAGGAUUAUUAAAGCUUUUAUUAUGCUUUAAUAGAUUGUAUUAUGUGUCCGUUCUACUAUCCAAAUUGAGAAUUCUAGUAUUUGUACCAGUGACUUGCAUUCCUGUGUUUAUCGUUCAUUAGUCUUCUUUUACCUUAGAUCGAAUAGCACAGCAUAAAUCACGUGAACGACAACGUAAAUCAUGUUUUAUCGAUACUUACAUUGACAUCAUUGUACAUCUUUGCAUAUUUGACGUACUUGGACUGAGUUAGAAAUGCAUCUAGUAAAGACACAAACACACACACAUAUAUAUAUACAUAUAUAUAUACAUAUAUAAAAUUAAUUAUAUAUAUAAAUAUAUAUGUUUUUAUGUCCUAAUAACAUUUCUCUAUCAUACCAAAUUAUAUAUAUCUAUAGUUAUAUUUUAUGCAUUGUUGCAAUUUUAUAAUAUUAAACAUUUGCUGGCUUAAUCUUGAAUUACACUUGCAGCCUAUUAUAAUAAAGAUAUAAUUUUCUUUAAAUACAAGCUAAAGAGAGAAAAAAAAUUUUAAAAACAUUUUAUACAAAUUAUUAUAUUGCACGUUUUAACAAUUGAUUAACUAACGAAUAGACACAAUCAAUACACAUGCAUCCCUGUGUUCAAUAGUGCUAAUUUGAAUGAAGUUCUUCCUUUAUCCGCUGAAAUGAUUCAAGAUUAAUUGCGCCAGCAGAUUGCAAUAAGUGAUUUCUAGUGAGGAUUUAGAGAAUACGACGUGUCUUCGAGUGUAAAUUAAUUAUUAAGUCGAAAUAAAUAUACAAUUGUUACAUUUG